UAAAAGAAUAAGAACUCCAAAUGUUAAUGUGGUUAUUUGGUCGUGUUUUAUUUUCGAAAUGGGUAAAGCAAGGAAAACUAGAAAAAUUGCCGAAAGGCGUUUCGCAAAAAUGAAGAAAAUGAUUAGUUUAAGUGAUCCUCGUAUCAAAGAAUCAUUAAGACAAUUACCUAAGAAAAAGAAACCAGAAGAUCCGCAUGAAAUGAAAGUAAAUGAAGCACCACAAAUUAGUUCCGCUCUAUUUUUUCAAUAUAAUACACAACUUGGCCCCCCGUAUCACAUACUUAUAGAUACAAAUUUCAUAAAUUUCUCCAUUAAAAAUAAAUUGGAUAUCAUACAAAACAUGAUGGAUUGCUUGUAUGCGAAAUGUACACCAUAUAUUACAGAUUGUGUGUUAGCUGAGUUAGAGAAACUAGGACAAAAAUAUAGAGUAGCUCUUAGAAUUAUCAAAGAUCCCAGGUUUGAAAGGAUAUGUUGUAUGCAUAAAGGUACUUAUGCGGAUGAUUGUCUAGUACAAAGGGUAACACAACAUAAGUGCUAUAUUGUAGCUACUAAUGAUAGGGACUUGAAAAGAAGGAUCAGAAAAAUACCAGGUGUACCAAUUAUGUAUGUAUCACAACAUAAAUAUACCAUUGAAAGAAUGCCUGAUGCAUAUGGAGCUCCCAAAUAAUUAUGUAAUGUGUAUUUUUUUAAUAAAAAUUGAACUUUAUAUUUGUAAAAUUUUGAUAUUAUUGUGGAUAACUAUAUAUAAGUGGUUUUAUAAUUAUUUCACACUGAACACAUUUACUACCUCUACGCCCAAACUCACUAUUGAAUGUCUAGUCCUUUACAUCAGAUAUGAACCAAUGCAGAGAUCUAGGGGAAUAAAAUCAUAGUAAACUUGUUUAUUUCCUUUUGGCUAAUUUGUUUGUCAUUAUAUUAAAAAAUUAGAAUACUAUAGUGCUCUAUUUUAUUAAAUAAUAAACUAAAACACCCAAAAACAAAAGAAGUGAUAAUAUAUGUAUCAAGUACCUUGUUAAGUUUACAUAGUGCAGACAUCUCAGUAUUUAGAAAAUAUAUCAAAAGUUCACCAAUAUGAUAAAAAAAGGAAAUUGCAUUAAAGAACUACGAAAUAUCAAAAAAAUAUACAUACAAUUAUAAAGUUUUCAAAGUUCUUGAAACGGCAUCAAAGAUACGAAAAAGAGAAUUUUUAGAAAUGGUUUACACAUAGGGACUAGAAGGCUAUUAUUGAAAAAAGGACUUGAAUUGAGUUAAAUUUAAAGUUCUUUGUUAUACAUUUUAAUGCAACUACGAAUAAUUUGAUUUAUAGCUGCCACAUAUUUUUGGGGUGUGGAAACUAAGGAAAAAUUAUUCUUUCUUAUUAAAAUAGAUUUUCAUUUUGAUAUUCAUAAUGUAGAUGUUCUAUUGAUUGAUGUAAUUACGCAGAUUGUCAUUGCCAUGUCAUAUUUUGAUGAAGACCGAAGUAGGUCAAAACGUUAAUUUUGAUUGAUUUUCAUAAAAAAGAGAUAUAAAAUCAAAACAAAUUAUCACGACAAACAUAUAGGAAGGUCUAAGAAGUAAAAAGAUAAAUUCAAAUAAUACAUAUAUCUCAAAAAGAAUGCAGUUAAAUGCUUUGAGAUAUUUGUAUCACCUAACUCCUAAAGAAUAGGUCAGUUUGUUUUUAGAUACAUACUAUGUUCCUUAAAGAGCAGUUAUGAACUAGAGGCAGAUGGUAGGUUUAAUAAUUGGAAAACAGACCAAAAAUAAUUAAGAAAAAAAACUUGUAUUACUUUUUAACUGGUAUACAACAAUUUAAUAUAACAAUUAACAACAAUAAUUUAAUCUUCACUGCUUAACAGCUUACAUCAAAACCAAAAAUAACUUUGCUGAUCUUAAAUAUGUUUAAUCUAGAAAACUAAUGAAAAAACUACUUAUAUGUAUAAUUUAAGUGGGAACACCUAAUCUUAUCACUUUUUUUAUCAACGAAAGGUCAGCAAAAUUCUCUUUGUAUUUAUUACAAUACAUGGAACAUUAUUUGGCGAAAUAAUAUAAGUAUCUUAUGUCUAAGUAUAACAACCUUAAGAGGAGGAAGGAGGAAAUACACUGGACACAAUUUUCUCCAGUUUAAGAACUAGUAAAAACUUGUAAUUUGGAAUGACUUUUGAACUGUAUAUUUGCUGUGAUUUAACCAUUUAUUUUUUUUUUAUAGAAAUUGAUCAAGUGCCGAAGUAGACACAAUGUGAAUUAAAUUAUUUUAUUAAUUCCACAGCAAACUUUUCAAAACUAAGUUGAAGAUAUUUCUGAAAUACUGACAAUCCAACCUAUUCGUUUUUUCUCAGAAUUACAAGUUGUACAUAGUUUUUUAGUGAAGAGUGGAAAAAAUAUGAAACUACUUUAGAAUAAGAUAGAAAUGGAUUACUGAAUGGUUUGGUAAAUAUUUUAUUCAAAUUUAUUAAACAGUAUUAUAUAUGA